GAAAGUCAUUGUGACUUCUACAUACUCAAAGCUUUAUAUUUGCUAUGAACUUUCAUUUUCUUUAGCUUCUUUCUUCGUUUCAAUUUGUCAAAGAAGAUAAUUUUCUUCUUCCAUAUGGCUUCCCCAGUACCUGAAAAUUGUGCAGGCAACAUAGUUGGUAGUGACAUCCAAGGGAUUGAAGUUUCAGAAAUUGAUGGUGCAAUCCUAAUGUCCUUGUUAGAAGAAUCACAAGGCGAAGAACGUGACGAGGAUCGAUUAAAUAGCUUAAUCAGGUCAUUAGAAGAAGAGAUCAAUUCCAAUGCAAUGGACAGUCAAAAUUCAAGCAUGAAACCAGAUUUCAUUGUGGAAGAUGGUCAGUUGUGCAUUGUUGGAAACAAGGAGGGUCAUGAUUGCGUGGUCUCACAAGAUCAACUUGAAUUUGGAUGGAUUGAUAUGGAGCCAGAGAAUUCAUCACCUAGUGAUGAUAUGAAUUGGUACAUGGACCUCUGUGAAAAUGAGAUGGAUGGUAUAAUUGAAGUUGGAGGACUUAGUGAUUAUUCUCAUAUGUAUUAUGGUGUUUCCUUAGAGGAACAAGGAUACAGGUCAUUGUGGCAAGAAACAUAUGAUACUGUUAUAUACAAUUAAGCUCUGCUGGGGCAUGUACAUUUUGACUUUAAAGCUUUGGAAAGCACUUUGUUUUAUUAUGUUGUUU